UUGUUUAAUAAGGGAUACAUACAUACAAGCUGUAAUGCUUAAGGCGUUCCCUCUGCUUCCCCGCCUCUUCGGUUCCCCUGUUCGAAGGAUUUGUAUUAGCAAAAUGAGCUCUCCAGAGCUGCCACUAUGUCCAAAAUUCAAAUCUCUGGAAAAUGAAGAAAAUAAUAUAAGAGUAAACUCUGAUGGCUUCAGAUUCCGUGUUGUCUCAUAUAACAUUUUAGCUCAGGUUUAUGUGAAGAGCUCUUACUUUCCACAUUCUCCAUCACCUUGCCUCAAGUGGAAAGCUCGUUCCCAAGCAAUUUUGACUGUUCUUAAAAGUCUUGAUGCUGAUUUCCUCUGCAUACAGGAGUUAGAUGAGUAUGAUAGCUUCUACGAACAAAAUAUGAAGAGUCUUGGGUAUUCAGGAAUCUAUGUUCAAAGAAGUGGACAGAAGCGUGAUGGGUGUGGGAUUUUCCAUAAGGGUAACAGUCUCUUAUUCAGUGCAGAAAUGGUCUUAGAGGAGAAAAUAGAAUACAAUGAUCUUGUAGACUCGGUCAAAAAUGGAACUACAGUUAGCGUGAAUAGAACAUCUGAUGCACUGGUUGGCGGGAAUGAAGAGUUUGUACCCCAUGCUGAAGGUUCACCACCAAAGAAUGGACUGAGCCACACUGUAGAUCCUAAUGAUCCUCAUGUAAGACUGAAACGUGAUUGUGUUGGGUUGAUGGCAGCAUUUAAACUCAGGGAUCCUUCUAACCAUUUUGUCAUUGUGGCAAACACACACCUUUACUGGGAUCCAGAAUGGAUUGAUGUCAAGAUUGCACAAGCUAAAUAUCUUCUAUUUCGCUUGGCGCAGUUUAAGAAAAUUGUUUCAAAUAAAUUUGAUUGCACACCUUCGGUGAUUCUGGCUGGUGACUUCAAUUCUACCCCUGGUGAUAUGGUCUACCAGCUCCUCAUUUCCGGGAACUCAUCAGCCAUUCCAGUCCCAGAACAUUCUGAAGAGGCACCGAUUCCCUUAUCUAGUGUCUAUGCAUUUAUAGGAGGAGAACCACCAUUCACAAAUUGUACUCCUGAUUUCACAAAUACUCUUGACUACAUAUUCUUUUCCCCUACAGAGGGCCUGAGGCCAGUCAGCUUCCUUGAACUUCCAGGACCGGAAUCUUGUGAUGUAAUUGGUGGAUUGCCGAAUCACCACCAUCCAAGUGAUCAUUUACCCAUCGGCACUGAUUUUGAAAUUAUUAGGACUUGAAACAGCCAAGAAGUUCUCACUUGCAAUCAGUUUAGAUAUGAUCUAAUUUUAUAUGCGGAGGGGAAACAGGUUCUAUCCUUUUUCAGGUGAUCUCCUUGGCUUGGCAAUUUCAAAUAUCUGUAUCAUUAAUUUUGUUAAGCUUGACUGAUCAAUAAUAGCAUUGUGAGUGUUGUAUUGCUUUACUCAUUGGCCAAGUAGGCUGGCCAUUUAUUUGUUUAUUUAUUUUGAUGGGCAAGAAUUU